GUUAUCUAAUGACAUAAACCAUCACAAUACUUUGACCUCCAUUCUCUGAUUCGCCUCAAAGGAAAUGGAUAGCAUCUGAAGAACCGGGUCGCUCAACAGGGGACAUGUGACAGUCAGCAAAGCUGACAAAACAACAAUCAAUACUGUAUAUGAUGGUCAACAAUAAGUGGAGAACAGAAACUCUCUCCACCACCUCCGCCCACACCCAGGUGUGAGAACCAGGUGACACUAUAUCUGGGUCUCCUGAUCCACUGAUAAUGCCUCUCAAUGAGACAGCAAUAAACCCACGUAUAUUUGGGAAACGCCAUUCAAAAUCCUCGAUAACAAUCUAUUCAAUAGUAGCACGAAACACUGUGUCCACUGGGAGUUUUAGGGAAACCAGACACCGGUGUCCUUUUAAAAACCUACCAUUUUCACACAACGGCAAAGAUGAGCUGGCUUCUUACAGGACCUCUCAUUCACACCCAAGGAAGAAACACUGACAUGGCAUUGUCUUUAACUUGUCACAAUGGGAGACUAUUGAAUGUGUUCUAGGUGCCCUCCGUUAGGAACCCUACUUCAGCCUGCAUUUUUGGGGUUGGGGUUUGUGUACAUGGAAUGGCCGUGGAGCUUUUCUCAUCCAUCUGCGGAAGGGUGGGACCUCAGACAGGGAACCAAUAGCACGGCAGCACCACCCCGCCUGCAUUAAGCUCCUACAUAGUCUUAGGAGGAUUCCCAAGUCUGCUCACCUACUGUAAGAACAAGGUAACAAGACGUGGGCUUCUUACAGCGAUACAAUAAUGAAGUUUGUUGCAGUGUCCGCUCUGUGCCUGUGGGGGUUGCUGUGCCUCUGUGCCAGUGUGAAGGCCGUGGGGACUUUAGAGCUGAUGCGAGAUGCAGCGGUGGGCUGGACUGGGGUCCUGCCCUGUGGGAAGUGGGACUGUGAGUGUGCUUUCAACAGCCAGCGGGGCUGCUGCUGUGUGGCCAAUGAGAUGAGUAUGCUGGAGGACCACACCUUCAUGCGCAUGGUGGACAUGUGGGAGCAGCUCACCCGAUUGGACAACGACAUCAAGGAAGUCACAGGCAACAAUAAGAUUGCGUUCACCGCGGCAAUGAGAUCUCGAAGCGACUGCUUCGGCCCCUUCACUAGCAACGUGCCAAUCCGCUACUACGCCAUCUCUCUCAACCAGGGUAACGGAUACAAUGACGCUCUGGGUACCUUCACCGCCCCCCGCGCCGGCCUCUACUCCUUCUCCUUCACGGCCUACUCCAACGUGGGCUUGGAUGGCGAGCGUCUUUACCACAAGGUGCAGCUGAUAAAGAACAACGAGGUGGUGGCCUCUGUGUGGGAGGACAACCGGGAGGACACGGAGGACAGCGCCACCCAUUCUGUGCUGGUGUCUCUGCGCCAGGGCGACCAGGUGUACGUGGAGCUGCUCUCCGGCAGGAGUCUGUGUGGCAACACCAAGGAGUACAACAGGUUCAGCGGAUACCUGGUCUACCCCUUCACACAGGAGUAGAGGACAGAGUUACACACACAUGAACACACACAUGCACAAACAAAUGUGAAAACACACGUACAUGCAUGAAUGCACACAAGCACAUACAUGCAUGCACAAAGACAUACUGAUAUGGCACUCACACACACAUGACGUUCCAAGUGUGUGUAUUGUGUGUGUGUGUGUUUGUGCACAAUUGUAACCAAUGAUAUUCCAUGUACAGUUAAAUUUAGACAGUCUGCCUGUGAAAUAGUAUUGCUUUGAACAAAAUAAAAGCUGAUUCGUUACA